AUGGACACCACCAAGGACAAAAUAAACCCUUCCCUCGCAGCCGUCAGUCUUACGCCUAUGAAGUCAACAAUAUCUACGUUCCAUAAAUAUCUACUAACAACUGUACUGGGCGACGAAGAAAAUGUUAAGCAAGAAGGACCGGACCGAGAACAUUUCGGCAUCCAUCGUAUAUCUAUCUAUCUAUCUGUAGAUUCUUUUACGUUCAUUCCAUCUAUGUAUAAGAAAAUAUUUAUCUACCUAUCAAUCUAUCUACCUAUCGCCAUAUUCAUUUUUUACUUUCUAUCAGCAUAUUCUCAUAUACGUUUCUUUAGAUCUAUCUAUAAGUAUAUUCUUUUUCAGUGUAUCUAUAUCUCAGGAUAUUCUUCAUUCCUAUCUAUCUGUCAGGAUAUUCUUUUUCUUUCUAUCAGGAUAUUUUUUCUCUCUAUAUCUAUCUAUAAGGAUAUCCUUUUUCUUUUUAUCUAUCUAUCUAUCUAUAAGGAUAUCCUUUUUCUUUUUAUCUAUCUAUCUAUCUAUAAGGAUAUCCUUUUUCUUUUUAUCUAUCUAUCUAUAAGGAUAUCCUUUUUCUUUUUAUCUAUCUAA